AACGGAAAAAUAAUUGGAUGAAUCCAUGGGCCGAUUACGGUCCAUUCGGCGGUUUGGAACGAGAAGCAAAGGUAGAUCCGGAUAGUACCAGUUUAGACGACAGGCCCAGAAGCACUGUAUCGCAGGACGAUGCUCGAUCUAGAAAUCUUCAAACUUCUUGUGGAGAAUCACCCCGGAGUACUUACAGUCAAUCUCCGAGGAGUUAUCCUAUUUCCCCUAGGGGAUCUUUAUCAAAUAUUUCAAAUUGCCCGUCAACGCCACAAGAUCAACGUCUCAUUUCUCCGAGAAGUUCUGGUUAUUCGUCCGGUCCAAACGAUUUCAAUUUUUCAUCGCCAUCGCCUCGCAAUUGUCAAAAUCCAUCAGAGAGUCCCCACAGGGCUACGCCAACCAAAAGUAUUCAACACACUUCUACACCCAUUGGUUCUGAAAAUUCUCGUAAAAACCAAUCGCCUAAUAUCAAUCAGUUGCGAAGUCCGCUUUUAAAUUCAUCCGAUAGCUACACGUCUAGCUUAAACUCUCCUGGCUAUCCCGUAAAUCAGCCUCAGCGAUAUCCAAGUAAUGUAGUACCUAACUCUCCGGAUCCACAAACUCAGAGUCAUUCGAUGUUUGGAGCUUCAAAUCCUGAUUAUCUUCAUGGUCAAUCAUUUCCGAAUCAAAAUUACCAAAGUCUACCUGGUGCAAACUAUCCAGCUACAUCGAUUGAACAAUCGAAUUGGAGCUCUUUGUCAUCUUGGGGCAACGACGGUUUGAAAAAGUCAUCUCCAUCGGCAUUUUAUCCUGGAGCGGCAGCAUCAUCAGGAACUCCUUCGAAAUUUGAAGGAAGUAAUGAAUUGUCAAAACCCUCUUGGGAUUCUACAUCACAAUCGCCAUUCAGAGUGCCUAAAGGUAGACCUCCGUCAAGAACAAAUGGCGGUCAGACCGAUAAUAGCACUCAACAAGCUGCAACGCCAAAAACAUUCCUCAAACCGAAUGAGCCCAAUAAAAACAGUUCAUUGGUGGAAAAUCAAAGUGGCAUUGACAAACCACAUAAUUAUGGACAGAGCCCAUCUAAAAAAGCUGACUGGCCACCUCAUGAUAAAUUGAAAGAAGGUUUUCAAGAAAAUGCAAAAGAUCUACCGAGUCAAAAUCCAAAUUUAAACUGGCCUGGAGCCGAAAUGAAGCCCGUUCAAGACUUUCACGCAGUGCCAGGCUUGAAUCAUCCAGCAGCAUUUCCUCAUCAAUACGGAUACCAUCCACCAGGUUAUCCGGUAUUUGACAAGACUUAUCCAAACACUUGGGAUGGUUACAAUUAUAAUCCCACAGCUUAUCACCAUGCUCAAGCACCAGAAUAUCCUGGUGCAGCACAGUUUUACCGGCCGCCAAAGCGUGAUCCUUGUUUUCCGACUGGCCCUCAGUAUCCGUUCCAGAACGUGCCUGGGCCUUAUCAAGGUUUGGCCCCUGGCUGGGCUCGUUGGGAUCCUGCGACAGGCUGUCCUCGCUGGGAUCUGUACGGGCCAACUUCUUACCUGCCAGUUUUAGCAGAAACGACGCCGAAGGCCGAGCCCUUGGGGGAGGUUGCUGACUACUCGGACAACGAGGAGUGCUUCAAAGACUCGCAAAUGGGCGGAGUUGCGAUAGCUUUGGGUCAUGGUAGUGUACUCUUUGAAUGUGCAAAGCAUGAGAUGCACGCCACUACUGCCCUGAAGAGACCCAACCGACUGAACCCAACUCGCAUUAGCCUUGUAUUCUAUCAGCAUCGUAAUCUCAACAGGCCCAGACACGGCUGGGACGAAUGGGAGGAAAAGAUGCGUCUGAAAAAACUAGGUAUCACGACUACUGGCACUGGUCCAUCUACGACAACCACCGCUACCACUACGACGGCUUCGAGCCAGUCCGGUGUCAGUGGAAGUCAAAGCAGUACAACCUCCACGAGUGUGGGCCAACCGGUUUCACAAUUGCCGCUGCUGCCAUACCUGCCGAAUGUGCCGAGCUCGCAGUUCAUGUUGCGUUCGCCGACCUAUACCACUAUGACGUGGACCACACUCUUCCCAAUGCAUCCCUGUAUGAUCACAGGACCUUACCAGGAAGGUGGAGCCAUCGGAUGAUUAUCGAAUGGGUCCUCCGACCCAUCGAGCUAGCCAUAACCGUUUACCAAUGCAAAAAAAACUGCCUCAGCGAGCUGUGUUUCCAUUUAAAGUUUCCUCACUUCAAUCUUAAACAAAAAAACCCUGAUGAAUUUUUUAACUUUAGAUUUUUAAGUUCAACGUAUUUUCAGUUUUUUUUCUCAGAGGUGUAUAAAUCUGUUAUUGUUUUACUCGCUGAUAACGCGGGAAUCUUUCUCGAACAAAAUUUUCAUCGUGAAAAAAAUCUUAAAAUAUGUAGAUAUAAACAAGAUGAUAUAUUUGUAGAACAUAUGAAAUUAUUUGUUACGAAAGUUCUCGCAUUGUAUCCUAUACCAAUUUGCGUGAUUUAUUUUUAAGCCAGUGAGUUUAUAUUUAUAUAAUAUCUUCAAGUCGGAAGAUAAAUAUAUGAUUGAUUGGGUAAUGUAGGAAACUUGUUUUUACUCUUUACGCCAUGUAUAUCAAUCGACUGAAGCUGUUCUUUGUACGAAAAGAAUUUUUCAAUUACUGAAAUUGAAUACUUGUACAUAUUAGGUGACAUUUAUAAUAUUUUUAAAUAAGUAAUAACUUCCACAUGAUAUACGAUGGUAUAUUAAUUUUAUUUUACAUCUGCUGUGGUAUCGCGCAAACAAGUACCAGUUUGGCGUGUAUGUACAUUAGAAAUACUGUGUGUGGUAACGAAUAAUCAUGUAGGCAAAAGUUUAUUAAUAAUUUAUACAUAAUUAUUGUUUUUAGCAUUCAUUUAUUUAUUUAUUUGUAUUUAUUUUUUAGAUUUUAUUAGAACAAAUUUGUACGUUAAAAGAUGGACUUUCAAUCUAAAACAAUCUAAUGUUUUUUAAGUAUUGAUUUUUAGAUAAACUUAUUGUAUCUAUAAAAAUUGUAUGAAAUCAUUCAUAUAUUUGUAUAACGCGAGGAGUCGUGCGCUUGAAACAGCAAUUCGAUAUUAUAAUGUUUUAAGCAAUUUAAAAAUUAGUUAUUAAUUGAUCAACAAGUAGCAAUUAAUAAUUAAUUAAUUGUUGAAUUGAUGAUCCUCUUAUUCAGAGUAUUAUAAUAAGAAUCACUAUCAUUAUUUUUAAUUCAUGACAUGAAUCAUCAUCUCCUAAUAUAAUUAGAAAAAUAAUUUGAUUUUUACUCAUUUUUUAUCGAUAUCAUGUUAAUGGAUAAAAGAGUGUUUUGUAUCACUAUAAUAAUUGAUAAUACUACUUUUACUGGUACAUGUGAAUCAGGAGAGUGAGUUUUUAAAAGUGCCGUAUAGAAUAAGGUGUGAACUUUACGGCAUCUGAUAAAAAAUGAGAGGCCUGAUGUUUCUAAUAAACCUUGCUCACACACGACUGUAUCAAGCGACGUCCCAAAGGAAGCUGUUGCGAAAUUGUUGCACUCAUUCCGCAAAGCCAUUAAUAUAAUAUUAUUGUAAUAAGGCGUCUUCUCUUAAUGAUAUAUUAAUAUAAAUUCGAAGUUUGCAUAGUUAAGCUCAAUAUCACAUGUUCGUUUUUUUCUAUCGUAAGUGUGUGAUAUAUAUAUAUAUAUAUAUUACACAAUCAUUGUAAGAACAUGAAAUAUUCCAUUAAAAAUUAUUAUUUGCUCAUUCAUUAUUUCUGUUCCUUUUUUUCGUUUUGAACAUUUUUCACU